AUGCGCGGUGAUCCCGAUAGUUGCGGGGUGUGGGCGCCUUGUCUUACACAUGACGGUGACAAGUUUUGGCUGGUGUACACCGAUGUAAAACGCAAAGAUGGCUCAUUCAAAGAUACGCCCAAUUACAUUGUCACUGCUGAUCGCAUCGAGGGUCCGUGGUCUGACCCCGUUUACAUCAAUUCCUCAGGAUUUGACCCAUCCCUAUUUCACGAUGACAAUGGCACGAAAUGGUUCGUGAACAUGCUACAAGACCAUCGAAGGCGUCCGCGGUUUUUCGCUGGCAUCAGGCUACAGCAAUAUGAUGCUGAAGCGAAAAAGCUUGUCGGCCCAUGCAAGACCAUCUUCCCUGGUACUGAUCUGGCUCUUGUAGAAGGCCCACAUCUAUACAAGCGGAACGGAUGGUACUACUUGUUGACUGCUGAAGGUGGCACAGCAUACGAGCACGCCUGCACUUUGGCGCGAUCCCGGGAUAUCUGGGGCCCAUACGAACUUCAUCCUCAAAAGUACAUACUUACUUCCAAAGACGCACCACUGGCAUCUCUGCAAAGAGCGGGUCAUGGAGAUAUAGUCGACACCCCAGAAGGCAAGACAUACCUCGUUCAUUUGACCGGUCGCCCAACUCCCCAGGCCCGCCGCUGCGUUCUUGGACGCGAGACAGCGAUUCAAGAGGCUUACUGGGACAAGGAUGACUGGCUGUAUGUCAAGAAUGGACCUGUUCCGUCUCUCCAUGUCGAACUGCCAGCACAGCGCGAUGACAGCUCCUAUUGGUCUGAGCAGCGCUACCUUUUCGACAGCAGCGACGGUAUCCAUAAGGAUUUCCAAUGGCUCCGUACACCAGAACCAGAACGUAUCUUUAGUACUAAAAAUGGUCUGCACCUCGUUGGACGCGAGGCGAUUGGAUCCUGGUUUGAGCAAGCUCUUGUUGCACGUCGUCAAACGCAUUUCUCGUACGACGCAGAAACAGUCGUUAGCUUCAGUCCAGACGACGAACGCACUUAUGCAGGCCUGACUGCUUACUAUUGUCGAUUCAACUUCUUUUACCUGACCGUUACUGCCGACUCUGACGGUCAGCGCGAACUGCUCAUCUUAAGCUCGGAAGCUUCAUGGCCGGAUGGCAAUCUGAAACUCCCCCUCGCAGAUCCGGUGCCGCUGCCGCAAGAGGGCAAAGUUAGAUUGGCGCUGAGCAUUCGGGGUAAAGAGCUCCAAUUUCGCUACGCUCUGGAGGGACAGGCGAACCUGACAGAUAUCGGACCUGUCUACGAUGCUUCGAUCUUGAGUGAUGAGUGUGGCGGUCAUCAAGCACACGGGAGCUUUACUGGCGCAUUUGUAGGCAUGGCAGCAUCUGAUAUCAAUGGCACAGAAAAGGUAGCGUCAUUCGAUUACUUUCUAUACACGCCCGUAAAGCAUAGUACAGACCGCUACGAUAUGUGA